CGCGGUAGCAGCGGGAUCUUCCGCGGCAGUUCCUUCCACAAGCUCACUCAACCGGCCGCGGCCCCCGAUUAUUUGCUCGACAAGUCCCCGAGACGAGACGGGUGUGAAAUGUCAUGUAAUGAUCUUACCUGCAAUAAACUGAUCGGGUUUCAGUCCGAAGCGCCGCACGUCACCAGCAGCUGAUCGGGAGAUGUGGAUUCCUCGGUAUAACCGCUCCUUACACAACCCAAGGAGACUCUGAGCACUUCGCUUAACUCCACGCUGUUGGAUUUCUGUUGAACUUUAUUGGAAUUUACUUUCGUUCGAGCCAAAAAAAAGCUGUUUUGCUGGGGAGAUCGAGCGAUAUAAAUCAAAGGGCUACAGAAUGAGAAGAUGGCGUGUUUCCUCAAGCAUCCGGGACCUGACAGUUUACGCCGAUUCACCCGAGAGUCUUUGGAUGAAAUCGAGAAAAGAAUUGCGAAGGAAAAAGCUGAAACGGCAACAAAACCUGUUGUAGAAGAGGAAGUCAAGGAAAUCAAACCCAAAGGAAGCCUUGAGGCUGGCAAGGCCCUGCCAUUUAUCUAUGGAGAUAUUCCUCCAAAGUUAGUCGGAGAUCCUCUGGAAGAACUAGAUCCCUUCUAUGCCUCAAAGCGAACAUUCAUCGUCCUAACCAAGGGGAAGACCAUCUUUAGAUUCUCAACGACACCUGCAAUGUACUUGCUUAGUCCCUUUAACCUCCUGAGGAGAAUUGCCAUUAAAGUUCUAAUUCAUUCAUUAUUUAGCUUGUUCAUCAUGUUUACCAUUCUAGCUAACUGCGUCUUCAUGACAAUGAGCGACCCAAAACCCUGGACUAAAAAUGUAGAGUACGCCUUCACUGGGAUCUACACCUUUGAAUCAAUGAUAAAGAUCUUUGCCCGAGGAUUUGUAAUUGAUUCCUUCACCUUCCUCCGAGACCCUUGGAACUGGCUGGAUUUCAGUGUCAUCACAAUGGCAUACCUAACUGAAUUUGUGGAUUUGGGUAACGUCUCUGCUUUAAGAACCUUUCGUGUUCUGCGGGCACUGAAAACCAUCACAGUUAUUCCAGGAUUAAAAACCAUUGUUGGAGCUCUGAUCCAAUCGGUGAAGAAAUUAGCGGACGUGAUGAUUCUGACCGUUUUCUGUUUAAGUGUGUUUGCACUUAUUGGUCUCCAGCUGUUUAUGGGAAAUUUGAAACAGAAAUGUGUGAUAUGGCCUCCAUCAGGCAAAUUAUUUUACAAUAAUACCUUCAUCGAGGACGGGUCAGGGAUGGACAAUGAUACCCUGAUUGGUAACCACAGUGGCAGUUUUAAUGCCUACAUUAAUACUAAAGGUAAUCAGUACUUCCUUGAAGGUUCUCUUGAUGCUCUGCUAUGUGGGAAUAGCUCAGAUGCUGGGAAAUGUCCCGAUGGUUACAUGUGCAUGAAAGCUGGGAGAAACCCUAACUAUGACUACACCAGUUACGAUACGUUUGGUUGGGCAUUUCUGUCACUUUUUCGACUAAUGACGCAGGACUUCUGGGAAAAUCUAUUCCAAUUGACCCUGCGUGCUGCUGGGAAAACCUACAUGAUCUUCUUUGUGAUCAUCAUUUUCAUCGGGUCGUUUUACCUGAUCAACUUAAUUCUGGCUGUCGUGGCGAUGGCUUAUGCCGAACAAAAUGAAGCCACCCUCCGGGAGGCUGAGGAAAAGGAGAAGGAAUUUCAAGAGAUUAUGGAAAGCAUAAAGAAACACCAGGAAGAGCAAGAAGCUCAGCUACAAGCUGCCAAAGACCAGGUGGGCAGCCAAUACUCACUGGCGAGUGAUGGAGUACGGAAGAAAGACGACGCCCUCAAUGGCACUAUCGAGGAUGGGCACGGCCUGGGAGAUGGAGGAGAGAGUCAGCGAGACUCACUCACUGUCCCGUUCACCAAGUCAACCGUAUCCAUUACAGUGAAUGGAGUUGUUUCACAAGAUGGCGAAAAUGGCACGACGCCUAACGGCAGGGUUAUGCCACCCACUGACACAAAUAAAGUAGACUAUAGUGUAUCUGUGAGGGAUAGUGAUGACGAGAUCUCUGGAUCGAAACGUACCUCCAUAUUUCUCGAAGAGCCAGCGUCCUCAAAGAAAACUGGGAGUGUGGUCAGUGUGCACAGCACUGUCACACUCAAUGAGCUGGAGGAGGCACAUCAGAAAUGCCCUCCGUGGUGGUACAGAUUUGCCAACAGAUUUCUAAUCUGGGAUUGCUGUCCUCUUUGGGUGAAGGUUAAGGAGAUCUUGAAAAUUAUUGUGAUGGACCCAUUUGUGGAUCUGGGGAUCACAAUAUGCAUUGUGCUGAACACUCUCUUUAUGGCUAUGGAGCACUACCCCAUGACAGAGAGCUUUGAAAACAUGCUGUCUGUGGGGAAUCUGGUAUUCACAGGGAUCUUCACUGCUGAAAUGGUGUUCAAACUACUCGCUCUGGAUCCUUACUAUUACUUUCAAGUGGGCUGGAACAUAUUUGACAGUAUCAUCGUGUCCCUCAGCUUGGUUGAGCUUGGACUGGCGAACGUACAAGGAUUGUCAGUGCUGCGUUCAUUCAGAUUGUUGCGGGUUUUCAAGCUUGCCAAGUCUUGGCCAACUCUGAACAUGCUGAUAAAGAUCAUCGGUAACUCCGUGGGAGCACUGGGGAACCUGACGCUGGUCCUAGCUAUCAUUGUCUUCAUUUUCGCCGUGGUUGGGAUGCAGCUCUUUGGCAAGAUGUACAAGCAAUGCGUCUGCAAGAUUUCGGUUGAUUGUUCACUUCCCCGCUGGCACAUGUUCGACUUCUUCCAUUCGUUUCUCAUCGUGUUCCGCAUCCUCUGCGGGGAAUGGAUCGAGACAAUGUGGAGCUGCAUGGAGGUGGCCGGGCGGCCAAUGUGCCUCAUCGUCUUCAUGAUGGUCAUGGUGAUUGGUAACCUGGUGGUGCUUAACCUCUUCCUGGCCUUGCUGUUAAGUUCCUUCAGCGCUGAUAACCUCUCAGCAUCCGAUGACGACAAUGAGAUGAAUAACCUACAAAUUGCAAUCAACAGAAUUACCAGAGGCAUAGACUUUGUCAAAGGUUUUUUUCUCGGCAUAUUACGAAGGAAAAAAAAUGUCCAUGAAGAUAAACAAUUGGAGGACUUUUCUCCGUCUAAAGACGGGAUUCUUGAUUUUAACCACACGGACUCAGAGAGUAAAAAGGAUGAGAUGUCUAAGCUUGAUGGGGUUAAGCUGAAGAAAGGGGUGCACCAAGAUGGCAUCCUAGCCAACACACACCUGACUGUUAGAGUCCCCAUUGCUGAAGGUGAAUCUGAUACUGAAUAUGAUGAACAAAGCUCUGAUGCAGACACCGAGGAUGCCAGCAUGGUUCUCGAACAGUUAAAAGUGAACAUUGAUUCUUCUCAGUGCAGUACUGUCGAUUUGAAAGUUGAAGAAGAGGGGGUGGACAUUAAAGAAGAGGUUCCCGAAGCCGAUGAGCCGGUGGAGUGUUUAACGGAAGGCUGUUUGAGAACAUGCCCUUGCCUGGAACUUGAUGUAACGAGUGAACGGGGGAAGAUGUGGUGGAACUUGAGGAAAACCUGUUUCAAGAUUGUGGAGCACAACUGGUUUGAAUCAUUCAUCAUCUUCAUGAUCUUGCUCAGUAGUGGUGCUCUGGCUUUUGAAGACAUCUACAUAGAAGACAGGAAGACAAUUAAGAUACUGCUUGAAUAUCUUGACCAAGUAUUUACAUACGUCUUUGUGGUGGAAAUGUUACUCAAAUGGACUGCUUAUGGAUUCAAAACAUACUUCACCAAUGCAUGGUGUUGGCUUGACUUUAUGAUUGUUGACGUGUCGUUGAUCAGCCUGGCUGCAAAGAUCCUUGGUUAUGAUCAAUUAGGACCCAUCAAGUCCCUCCGGACUCUGAGAGCCCUGAGACCACUCAGAGCUUUGUCUCGCUUUGAGGGGAUGCGGGUGGUCGUGAAUGCAUUGGUCGGAGCUAUUCCAUCCAUUAUGAAUGUGCUGCUGGUUUGCCUUAUCUUCUGGCUGAUUUUCAGUAUCAUGGGAGUGAACUUGUUUGCCGGGAAGUAUUUCAAAUGUAUAAACACCACAGACUCUAAAAUGUUCCCUAUUGAUGUAAUAAAUAACAAAACGGAUUGUGAAAAUCACAUUUCAAUGUAUCCCGAUGAAGUCCGAUGGGUCAAUGUUAAGGUGAACUUUGACAAUGUUGGUCAGGGGUACCUAUCCUUGCUGCAAGUGGCAACCUUUAAAGGCUGGAUGGACAUAAUGUAUGCUGCUGUUGACUCUCGAGAUGUGACGCAACAGCCAUCCUAUGAAAUUAACCUCUACAUGUACAUGUACUUUGUCAUCUUCAUCAUCUUCGGGGCAUUCUUCACCCUCAACCUCUUCAUUGGUGUAAUUAUUGACAACUUUAACCAACAAAAGAAAAAGUUUGGAGGGAAAGAUAUAUUCAUGACUGAAGAACAGAAGAAAUAUUACAACGCCAUGAAGAAACUUGGCUCGAAGAAACCACAAAAGCCCAUCCCAAGACCAAAUAAUAAAUGUCAAGGAGCCUUCUAUGAUUUGGUCAGCAAUCAAGCCUUUGAUAUAUUUAUUAUGAUUCUCAUCUGCCUCAACAUGGUGACGAUGAUGGUGGAAACUGACGAGCAAAGCAAAGAAGCAGAAUUUAUUCUACACAGGGUCAACCUGGUGUUUAUUGUUGUGUUUACCAGUGAAUGCAUUCUCAAGAUCAUUGGCCUGAGAUACUACUUCUUCACCAUCGGAUGGAAUAUUUUUGAUUUUGUGGUGGUGAUUCUUUCUGUCGUAGGUAUUAUGCUGGCAGAUAUCAUAGAGAAGUACUUUGUAUCACCUACCCUGUUCAGAGUUAUUAGGUUGGCCAGAAUCGGUCGUGUCCUUCGACUUAUCAAAGGAGCAAAAGGAAUUCGAACUCUACUGUUCGCCUUGAUGAUGUCUCUGCCAGCUUUGUUCAACAUUGGGCUUUUACUCUUUCUGGUUAUGUUCAUCUACUCCAUAUUUGGGAUGUCUAACUUUGCCUACGUGAAGAAAGAAGGGGGCAUCGACGACAUGUUCAACUUUGAAACGUUUGGCAACAGCAUGAUUUGCUUGUUCAUGAUUACCACAUCGGCAGGCUGGGAUGGGCUGCUUCUUCCCAUCAUGAACAGCAGUCCCCCCGACUGCGACCCCGAUGCGUACAACCCAGGCACCACCGUAACGGGGAACUGCGGCAAUCCAUUGAUGGGGGUCAUCUUCUUUGUCAGCUACAUCAUCGUCUCCUUCCUGAUUGUGGUGAACAUGUACAUCGCCAUCAUCCUGGAGAACUUUAACGUGGCAACUGAGGAGAGUGCUGAGCCUCUGUGCGAGGAUGACUUUGAAAUGUUCUACGAGGUCUGGGAAAAGUUUGAUCCGGAAGCCACGCAAUUUGUCGAGUACGCUAGGCUAUCCGACUUUGCCGACACUCUGAAGGAGCCAUUGAGGAUUGCCAAACCGAACAAGAUCAAACUGAUUAGCAUGGACCUACCGAUGGUGAUCGAUGACAAAAUACACUGCCUGGACAUACUCUUUGCAUUGACCAAGGAAGUCUUGGGGGAAUCUGGAGAAAUGGACGCGCUGAAGGAGUCAAUGGAAGAGAAGUUCAUGGCCGCCAACCCUUCCAAGGUUUCCUAUGAACCCAUCACCACCACGCUUCGAAGGAAGCAAGAGGAGGUUUGUGCAAUCAAAAUUCAACGAGCUUUCCGUCGUCACAUGCUGAAGCGUACUGUCAAGCAUGCAUCUUACCUGUACCGCCAAAGCCUAGCUGACUGCAUCCUACCCGAUGAAGAGCCCCCAGAGAAGGAAGGGUUGGUCGCUGUCAGGCUAAGUCAAAACUAUGGUAAAGGCCAACCUGACCAGGAAUGUCCCCCAACCCUAGCUCAAGAAACACCAACAACUCCGCAAGGUGUGACGGAUAUUCCCCUAGAAUCAGCAGUGACUGCUCUAGAAGGAGAAGUACCUACCGAUGAACCAACAGACUGGUUUCCUGAAUCAAAGGACAUUAGAGAGUCGGUUGUAUAGUUGGGCUAGCAUAGAGUCAAGCUUCUGAGGUAGAGCACAAGGUGCCAAGUGUAUGACACAAGCACCCUCAAGAAUGUCACUUUGUCUCCAGAUUUCUAGCACUGAAAGUUUCCAUGUAGGGAGUGGAUUUGCAACUGGUCUUUGCUGCAAAGUCGGGGAAAACCCUUACUAUUACAAUUCUUGUGCAAGAGCAAACUCCCAUCUUUUACAAAGAAUGUUCCCAGUACCAACAACUCUAAUCCACGCUGUAGCAAAAUGCUUAUUCCAACUCAAAUAUGCAUUUCUCCAGUGUCACGAUUGCUUUGGGUAGAAGAGAGUAACAAUGAUUGUGGCAGAUCAUUAAAGAGUUUUUGAACCAUUUGCUGUCCUUCGGGGGAGUUUGGUUGGCCUUGUUCAGUGAUGGUGUAUAUAUCAGAUAUGCUGCAUUUAAGUAAUACAAGACAAUAUCCAGCAUUGCCUUUCAAAAGUUAUAAGCCAUUUUCAAAAGCCAUUUUCCAAUUUCAUUUCAAUGUUAUUCAACUUAACACACUUUUAAUACUGUGCUUUUACUAUUCUGAUAAACACCACUUAUCUAAAAUCUAUGUAGCAUUAAAUUACCUUUUAUUACAGUACAUAGGUACUUUUUUUGUACAAUGCAUCUUAAAAAGGAAAGUCACCUGCUCAUUUGUUGAAUUGUAAUCUUUUUAAAGUUAAGCUGAUCAAAUACUAUUUUAAAUAUAACUUUUAUAUACUGCAGAGCACCAAAGUGGGAUGGCAUUCGGCGAAUCUGGUAUUUCUCUGGAAUAAAUGCAUAUUUUAACUUUUGGUCCACACCUGUGCACAUUUGCAAACCUGAGUCCCUUCCCUAAAUCUUCUAUCAGUGGGAUACAUUGGUCAAGGUAAAAAAAUCAUGUCCUGCAGCUAACGUCGCAAGAACAAUGCAACAUUUUUCUUCCACAGCCUUUAAACAUUGAUGCAUCAACUCAGUGAUUGUGUUUCAUAAACUUAUAUGUGUUGGUUCAUUAACACUUUGCUUCCAAUCAACGGUUGUUCAGAACCGAACGUACUCACCCUCUGUAACGCACAUUCACAAGCCAAUAGCAUUGUAAAGCCAUGCACCUUUGAGUCUGCAGUGUUAAGAAUUUGGCUGAAACAACGAGACUGGAGAAUGUUAGUUAAGUGCAUAUGGUAAAUUUGACAGGUUUGUGAUCUUACCGCUUUCCUUAACAAUGCUGCUUGAUAUCAGGACCUCUCUGUGAAAUGGACAAGGUUGAGAGAUCAGGCACGGCUCCCUGACUGGUGAAUGCUCAUACUUAUUUAUCACACUGAUGUGAGGCAGUCAGCCCACACACCAACCAUUUACUUUUCUACUUCACGGAAGAGAUAGGAAAAGAGGCUAAUUGCUAAUUCAGGAAUUAUUUGUUAAAAAUUCCUCUGACCUCACAUAAGUCUAAAAAUAUAUUCUUCCCCUUCCCUUCCCUGUGCCCCACCUUGAUGUGCACCCAUUUCUUCUAUCCCUCUUCCCCCGACCCCUUCCUUCCUCUGGCUUUACAAUUCAUGCCUCUUCUCUCCUUCAUCUCCCUAUCAAAUUGUCUUUGAUCUCUGACUCAUGUCCAACCAACAACCAAUCAGAAAUCUCCUUACCUGUAUCCACCUAUCACUUGCCAGGCGUUGCCCUGCGCCCACCACUCUUCCAGCUCUCUGCCCCGAGUGCAGUCUGAACAAGGGUCCAUCCCAAAACACCGCUUAUCCAUGUUCUCCAAAGAUGCUGCCUGAUCCGUUGAGUUAGGCCAGCACAGUUUCUUAAACCAAUAUCUGCACUUCCUUGUGUCGACAAACUAUUUUCCAGAUUAAUUUAAUCUUUCUUUGCAAGUGCUGGGAUUACCUCAGUAUUCAGAAAUACGUCACAUAUUUUCUUGAUGGAAUCUCUUCGAGAAAUUCUUUUUGGUCUAAUUUUGUUCAGUCAUCUUCUGCAAGAACUAAAUGUCUAACAAGUGCAUCCUCAAUUUAUUUGAGCGACAUUAUUGCAUGAGCUGUACAGUCAUGUUGCAUGUAUAGGAAUGAACUGCAGAUGCUGGUUUAAAGUGAAGAUAGACACAAAAUGCUGGAGUAACUCAGCGGGACAGGCAGCAUCUCUGGAGAGGAGGAAUGG